UUCCCAUGAUCUCUCCUCAAGUAAAAGCCUCAGACCCUACAAAAUGAGCAAAUCAAGAACCUCGAAGAAAGAGAAAAUAAGUGUGGCAAGCGAGAUUGACCGCACUGAAGAGCGCAAAUUGCACUGUAAAAACAGCCUGGAGAGAGUAGAAUUCAGACAUAGAAAAGAGCAGCUCUCAGACAAUGACAGGCUGGCCCUAGAAGAUGAGAUGAUCAUAUUGAAUGAAAGAAUUCAGAAAUAUGAAAAGGAACUGCAGGUGCUGAGAGGAGAAAACAGGAAGAACAUGAUCCUGUCUGUCGCUCUGUUAGCCAUCAGUGCUCUUUUCUACUACGCGUUUAUAUAACACUAUCAGAGAAUGAGAUUUGGGGAGUCUGAUAUCCAUUCAUACCCAUCAGUGUUCAUCGUUUGGCAACACUGGUUUGUUCAGAGGUAGUGAAUUUGUCUUCAUUUUGGCCACAACAUGUUGGAUUACCUCUAUGCAUAGUUAGUUUGCCAUGUUUGCCAAAGACACGUUAGAUGCUUGUUUAUCAGAGAGAGACACGGAAUUGUGAUUAUGUAUGUUUAUAUGAUCCUCAUUGUGAAACACUUUAACCAAUAAUGACUAAAUGAUGUUUCUCUCCAGUUCACUGUUUAUUGCAUUUCAACAGGACUAACAUGCACAAAGGUGGGAGGGGCAGAGGGUGUUAUUCCAUCCAAAAAUAAAAUUUAUCAACAAAAUGUUCAGUUAAAAUAAAAAACAGACAUCAAUAAAAUGCAAUACUGUUCCACGAAA